GUUCCGGGGUUUGGAGGCCGCUGCAGCGUUUUAACACACGGUAGAGGAGCACCGCGGCUGCAUUUCUAGUGCUCCGCCACUCAACAAACAACUUCCGAUUAAAAGCCGGCAUCAUUUAAAAUCAUAAUCAGUUACUGUCAACGCGCGAAUCGGUAUAACAUGGUCCUGUGCUGGACUACGGAUAAAGAAUAUUUUCGUAAGUGAGGUGGUGCAAGUUGGGGUGGUUUGGGGUAUGAGAUAAACUAUUCGCUUUUUCGGUGUUAGUUACUACAUUUUUUGGAACUUCACUUCAUUAAGCGAUGUCCAAUACAAAGAAGAAAACUGCAGAAGAUGAAGACGUUGUAUCGACUGCGAUUGGAGAGUUCGGGCGAUGGCAACUUCUCAUGACGUUUCUUCUUUCGCUCUUCAACAUACCUUGCACUUGGCACAUUUUCGUACCCACUUUCCAUGCGGCGGAAAGAGAUAUGUGGUGUGCCAGGACGGAAGGGUUCAUGGACGUGGAGCCUUCGUUGUGGAAGAACUAUACGCAGCCGGAAGGGUUGUGCAAAAUAUAUGACUUAACGGGAAUAACUCAGGAUGAUUUGCCUUACCUGGCUGCAAAGAAUAAGGAACUGGUUUCCUGCACGGAAUGGGAAUUUGAAGGCGAAGGAAACACUAUCAUUUCCGAAUUCGACCUGGUCUGCGAUCGAAAAACCCUCAACAAUAUAUCCGAAAUGAUGUUUCUCGGUGGAGUGGCAAUCGGUGGUUUGGUCUGCGGUAUCUUGUCUGACAAAUAUGGUAGAAAGAGAACCUUAAUGGCUUCCGUUCUCCUACAAACAAUUCUCGGUGUCGUCAUCUCUUUCGCCCCAUGGUUUCAGAUGUAUUUUAUCCUGCGAGCAGCCUUGGGUUUUAUCUCAGUUUCCGUCGUAUUCAGUGGAUUCGUUUUAUCGAUAGAGUUGGUUGGAGGAAACUGGAGAACCGUGGCCGGAAUAUCGUACCUGUUUCCGGUUUCUUUGAGUUACAUGAUUAUUGCAGGAAUGGGAUGGUUGUUGAGGGAUUGGAGACAGUUACAACUGGCGAUUUCCCUGCCUGGGUUUAUUUUUUUGAUUUUAUGGUGGGUGCUUCCGGAGUCACCUAGGUGGUUGUUGGCGAUGGGACGGACGAAUGAAGUCAUGAUUAUUUUGCAAAAGGCUGCGAAAUGGAAUAGAAAAGAGCUGCCAGUCAAUAUUGAUAAACAACUUCUACCGUGUGAAACUGAAUGUGACACUGAAUCUGUGAAUGUGAUGGAUUUGUUUAAAACGCGACAAAUGCGCAAAAAGACGUUGCUUUUGUUUGUGAUUUGGUUUAGUGUUUAUUUGGUGUAUUAUGGACUGGUGCUCAAUCUUGGAAACAUUGGAGGGGAUCUCUACAUUAAUUCGGUUUUAUCUGGUGCAGUAGAAAUCCCAGCAGUGGCCCUUAGCAUUGUGAUUCUCCUCAAAGGUGGCCGUCGAUGGCCCUUGGGUUUAACCAUGAUGCUUUCUGGAGUCGCUUGUGCAUGUACAGUACCUAUAGAUUUGGUUUCGCACAAUCUUCAAUGGAUCAUUACAACAUUAGCAAUGAUUAGUCGAUUUAGCAUCAGUUCAUCUAAUGCAAUAAUGCCGGUUUUUACAGCCGAGUUGUAUCCAACCAUCAUCCGAAACAUAGGUGUUGGAGCUAGUAACGUUUCAGCAGGAAUUGCGCUGAUGUUAGUACCUUACUUAUGGGAAAUGGCGAACAUCCAUCAAUGUGUACCUAUGUCAAUUAUAGCAGGCUGCGGUAUAAUUGGUGGUAUAUGUGUACUCUUUCUACCCGAAACUGGUAGUGGACCUUUGAAGGAUACGAUAAAAGAAGCAGAAUGUGAAUCCAGAAGUUCCGAUUCGAGCGAAAUCAAGAGGAUAAAUAAUAAUAGUUAAAAGGUUGAUCGUAGACCACUUAAAUCCAGUUGCUGCUUCCUGAAGUUCAGUAAAGUGAUAACGUUGACGUAAUGAAACAAAAAACUAUGAAACAACUUUUUAUCAACAGUUUAUCGAGUUCUUAGUACAAUUUAUAUAAAAUUUGAUCCAAACAAAUAUUAUUGUCGAUUACAACAAUAAUGCAAUCAUAAUCUAUCUAAAUUGAUUACAAACACUUAAUAUUAUUUGUCAGUGUUGUCAUUCUGAAUAAAUCUCAAAUGGUGACGUACUUAAUAAUACCACAAUAGUCCUCAGAUUGACGAAAAUAGUUAAUGUUCUCAAGUUUAUUAAUUCACUUUGAGAUUGCAAUGUAGAUCGAAAAAUAAUAAUCUACAAAAUAACAUUACUGGUCCAUGAAUUUUAUCACACCAUUCAUUAUCACCGCCGUCGUCAUGCAAUUGUUGUUUCGCUGAAAAUUAUCUUCGCGUAUGAUUAACCCCACACACAAUAAUAAUUAACAUCAGUUGUUCACAACUAGCUCAUUAGUCUAAUUUUCUAUGUAACUGUUGUUCUUACUCGUGUAAAUACGUACAAAAUAAGUAGGUUUUAUUUGACUUUAAACCCGUUUCUAACAAUUUAUUUAUAUAUUUCAAAAUUUUCGGAUGAAAGUGAUAACAUCUAAAUAAAUACUUGAUUAUAAUUUAAAAGUACACUAAAGCAGCGAAAACAGGAAACGUUCCUAGCACUUGUUCAUUUGUAGCCAUGACAUUGGUAACGUAUUUAAGUCAUUGACUAGCGCAUUAGUGCGCAAAUGUUUUAGUAGAUUAUUCAUGUGAAAUGUAACGCUAAUAUUUAUUUUUUUCCUUUAUUACGAUUGAAUAGAAAACCAUUAUGAAAAUGUUUAAAUAUAUAUAUCUACAGGGUGUUUUAUGUAAAACUAUACUACGCGUUAGAAGUACAAAUUUUGUUCGAUUUCGAAUUACGGAAAACAAAAAUAUGUUUCAAAGCAAUAAAACAUCUUGUAUAAGUUGUACAUAUUAGCUAGGUGUUAGUAUUAAGUUAUAUACUUGGUGUUUUUUCUAUCAAAUGUUUAGAUGGCUGUUAAUGCUAAAUAAUUUAUACCUAUGUGAUUAAUACCAUUUAAGUUAAACUGCCUCUUUGUAUAAAAAAAGUUAUUGAAAAACUGUAAACGGUUUUUUUAUUUUUAAAAUGUGCUGAAUUACAGAUACUAUAAACAUGGAAACAAUUUUCUGUAUAACUGAUAGACAAUUUAGAACUUACGGACUUAAUUUUUGUAUAAUAUGUAAAUUAUUUAAGGUGUAAAAGUUUCGAUUUGUGAUCUGUGUUACUAGCUAUGUAUCUUUUAAUCUACAUAUCUAUCUAGAAAGCCAAAUUUGUAGACUU